UCUUUGCGCAGUCGAGCAAAACAAACCUAGCAUAAACACACACACACACACACACACGCACGCAUAUAAAUAUACGAGUGUCACAUUAGCCUCUAAUGAAGACUGUGACCGUUAUUUAGAUAUUUGGUCGGCGAGUUUCGUCUCUCUCUUCUCAUCAUGUUCCUAAAAUCAUGUUGCAUUUACAGCACCGGAGUUUUCUCCAUGCUAUUUUUGAUCGUGGGCAUUGCUUUGGUCCUGUCGAACGUGUUCCCACAGUCUGUACAAACGAUUGUUAAAAAGGAUGUAGUUUUGAAGAAUGGCUCUGAAGCAUUUGAGGCCUGGGAGAGUCCGCCAGCACCCAUCUAUAUGCAGUUCUACUUCUUUAAUCUGACCAAUCCCCUGGAAGUGCUGGAUGGGGAGAAGCCGGCUGUGGUGGAGGUUGGACCAUACACAUACAGGGAAUAUCGGCCCAUGGAGCAAGUGAACUUCCAGGAUAAUGGCACAAAAGUAGCAGCUGUCAACACUAAAACCUACAUAUUCCAACAAAACAUGUCCCGAGGUCCAGAGAGUGACCUCAUCAGGACUGUCAACAUCCCUGCCAUAACACUGAUGGAGAUGUUCAAGGAUCACAGUGUAAUGGCCAAUUUGAUCUCCUCCUACAUGAAGUUCGAAGAAGAAGGCUUGUUCACCACCCGCACAGUGGGAGAACUGCUGUGGGGUUACGAGGACGCGGUUCUCAAAGCCUUGCGAGCCGUAAAACCCGAGCUGGAUGAUGUGUUUGGACUGUUCUAUAAGAAUAAUGCCUCCAACGAUGGUGAAUACAUGUUUUUCACUGGCCAGCAAAACUACAAGGACUUUGCUCGAGUGGAUACAUGGAAUGGGGAAAGCUCGUUGAGUUGGUGGACAUCCGAUGAGUGCAACAUGAUAAAUGGAACCAACGGCGCGUCUUUCCAUCCGGUCGUCACCAAGACUGAAGCUCUCUACAUGUUCUCCUCAGACCUGUGCAGGUCAAUAUAUGCGUUGUACGAGGACGACGUGACGGUGAAGGGGAUCUCUGGGUAUCGCUUUGUCCCCCCCAGUGAGGUCUUUGCCAAUAUGACCUUGAACCCGGCAAACGCAGGGUUCUGUGUGCCUGCUGGGAAGUGCCUGGGCUCUGGCGUUCUGAACGUCUCUGUGUGCAAACAAGGAGCUCCCAUUAUAAUGUCCUCACCACACUUCUACCAGGCCGAUGAGAAGUUAGUUAAAGAUAUAAUUGGCAUGAAGCCUAAAAAGGAGCACCAUGAGACUGCCAUUGACAUUAAUCCGCUCACUGGAAUCAUUCUUCAGGCGGCAAAGAGGCUCCAGGUCAACGUAUAUCUUGAGAAAAUUCCCGCCUUCAGUCAAACAGAAAACGUGAGGACAGUGAUUUUUCCUGUAAUGCACCUAAACGAGAGCGUCGUCAUUGACGACACGUCGGCCAAGAAGCUGCAGGCGGUCGCCAUGUUGCAGAACGUGGUGGAGAACGUUCCGUUUAUGCUGAUUGGUCUGGGCAUCAUUCUGGGAGGAGUCUUCAUGUUGCUGAUGUGUCGACUCAAGGUCCCUGAGGCCACUGCUGAUGAACGACAGCCUCUGCUCUCAUCGUAACACUAAAAGGGAUGUAAAAAAAGAAGACCACUCGCUGUGUUUUGCAGUAUUAGCCAACAUUUCGAUGCUUUCAUUGGUUUUGCCGUGUGUACCACUAACCGCCAACUAACAGUUUUAUUGUUUUUCGGUUGUAAACUGAAGUUACUUUUUUUUAGUGUGUUUUAAAUCAAACCAUUUUAAUAAACAAAGUCGUCAGUUACCUGAUUUUCCAUUUGUGGCAUGAUUAUGAAAUGCCAUUUUUAUAUUAAAAUAAUUAUAAUUGGA